GAAAGAAGGCAAGAGGGAGCACGUGCAGCGGUGAAGUCCAGCAUCGUCACCUCAGUCCUCAGGCAAGCACUGCCCGUUCCCGGCACCUUCCCGUUCCGCCAGACGACCCAAGUCUCCCUGAUUCCUUAACGCCAGCCCUCAGCAAACAAGCCCAAUAACAUCUCCUCCCACCACCCAAUCCAUCAACAACCCACCGUCCACUCGCUCGACUCUCAUCACCGGACCGACCACUCUACCACUCACAGUCUCAUCCUCGAGGCCUCCACUGAUCCAUCGCGCAAAUGGCGGAAAUCCGUCGCAAGUUGGUCAUCGUCGGUGACGGUGCCUGCGGAAAGACCUGUCUGCUCAUUGUCUUCUCCAAGGGAACAUUCCCAGAGGUCUACGUCCCAACCGUCUUCGAGAACUAUGUCGCCGAUGUCGAGGUCGAUGGCAAGCACGUGGAGCUAGCGCUGUGGGAUACCGCUGGCCAGGAAGAUUACGACAGACUCCGACCUCUCUCCUACCCCGACUCGCACGUCAUCCUCAUCUGCUUCGCCGUCGACUCCCCCGAUUCGCUCGACAACGUCCAAGAGAAGUGGAUCUCCGAGGUCCUCCAUUUCUGCCAGGGUCUCCCGAUCAUCUUGGUGGGCUGCAAGAAGGAUUUGAGAUACGACCAGAAGACGAUUGAGGAGCUGCACAAGACUUCGCAGAAGCCAGUCACUCCCGAGCAGGCCGAAGACGUCCGCAAGAAGAUUGGUGCUCAGAAGUACCUCGAGUGCUCGGCCAAGACCAACGAAGGUGUCAGGGAGGUGUUUGAGCACGCCACGCGCGCCGCUCUUCUCACGCGGAAGAAGGAGAAGAAGCGCUGCACGAUCCUGUAAACUACGCACUUGUCAUCACCACACGCAUGUCAUACCACAGUCCGAAACACAACAACCACCACACUUCCGUCUUUUACGAUCCGAUCGAAAUUCUCUCAGGACACUUUUAAUCUUUGCGGCGCGGGGAAUUGAAGAUGAGGGAUGAGAUGAGCAGGAAAGACAAGGACACUGAGGGGCAGCUGUUGCGAGCAAAAGGCUGCGACCUUCCUCUUCUGUGAUGCGAGUCUUGCGAAGCUGUUGCAUGGGCGUUCUUGGUUUCAUUGUUGAUGCUUUGGGAAAUGGGGAGCUCAGAACCGGCGCGCACUGCGGAGGAGAAGCACGAGACAAUGCCUUGCGAAGGACAUCACGACGCGGGAGCUGGCUCGGAAUCUAGCCUCUUUCACGGUACGAUGCACGUCAACGAACAGCAGUGUCAAGCGCUAGGUUCCCUUCUCUUUCAACCAUGGCACGGCUUUUUAUUUUCUCCUUUCGAAUGCAAUUGCAUUUUUCCGAUC